ACGUGCGUGCAACACUUUGCGCCGUUCGCACAGAAAAAUUCGCGCCCUUCUCACCCCUGGCUGUUAUAAAAAUAUUACGAAAUAAACAUGAAAGUGUCGAGAUAAACAAACCGUGGUUUAAUGACGUGGAUUAUAUAAUUUACAGUGCAUAUCUCAGAUUUUGGCGGGAAAUAUUAUCAAUACAUUAAUUAGUAUUAAGAUAAUGUCAUUCGUGAGUACAAUAAACAGACAUCUAUAUUCGCCUAAACACUACUCGAACUGGUCAGACAAUAGCAACAAUUUAAACAAAAUAAUAGCUUAAAAUGGCUUACCUAUGAUGAAAAGCAUGAAGAUGGAGAAAAGCGAAAAGUCAGGUUUAUCCCGAAUUUGUAUAUGCCUUGAACCACCAUGGAGCUUCGUGGACCCUUCAGAUGAAAAAUUAUAUUUGGCGUACACUCAACGACAAAGGCAAGGUGCAGUGCUACGAUGGAUCUCUCUGGGAAUAUUAUUGCAGAUAUUCAUUGCUUUGGUACCAGGCGAAGCUAACUUAAAGUUUGCAUAUGCAUCCGUAGUUAUUGGUACGGUACUAAACAUAAGUUUGGUUAUAGUAUAUGCCGUUUUGCCAAAAGUUCGUCCUCUCCUAAACCAUAUAGCAUGGCUAGUUCUUUGGAUUCAACUCCUUGUCAGCGCAUCACGAAGAAUCGGAGACUCAUACAACGAGUUACUGGGUUGGGCUAUUGUUCUACAAUACUUCACGCUAACUACUUUACCAUUUCAUCACCUGUUGCUCAUAGUAUACAGCGUAAUUUCCUUUACUGCAUUUCUGCUAGUGCAAAGUUAUAAUGCUACUGUGUGGCAAGUGGAAGUAGAGGGUGAUUUGACAAUUCAGCAAGUAGCAAAUGGGUGCCUAUUACUGGGAGCUACGUUAUUAGGAGGCACAGCGUACUUCAUUAAUGAGCGGAAGCAACGGCUAUCGUUUAAGGAGACGAAACGUAGUUUGCGCGAUAAACUUACAAUCGAGCAACAGAGUAAGGAACAGGAAAGGUUACUGCUGUCUGUAUUACCUGAACACGUCGCCGUUAAAAUGAGAGCUGACCUGGGCUGCAUAGACACGCAGUUUAAGAAAAUAUAUAUGUCGAGACACGAAAAUGUAAGCAUAUUGUAUGCGGAUAUAGUGGGUUUUACUGCGAUAUCGUCAACCUACUCGGCGCAAGAUCUUGUGGCAAUAUUGAAUGAAUUGUUUGCACGAUUUGAUCGAUUAGCGGAGAAAUAUAAUCAGUUACGAAUAAAAAUUCUUGGAGAUUGCUAUUACUGCAUUAGUGGAGCGCCCGUGGAGAGACCCGAUCAUGCCGUACUCUGUGUGCACAUGGGAUUGUCAAUGGUUAAAGCUAUCAAGUAUGUACAGCGGAUAACAAACUCUCCUGUGGAUAUGCGGGUUGGUAUUCAUACUGGGGCAGUCCUAGCCGGGGUUCUGGGUCAAAGGCAGUGGCAGUUUGACGUGUAUUCAAGAGAUGUUGAACUUGCCAAUAAGAUGGAGAGCAGUGGAAUGGCUGGGCGUGUGCACGUGUCGGAAGUGACGCGUAGCUUCCUGAAAGACGAGUUUGAGGUGGAACCCGCACAUGGCGAGCGGCGAGAGGAGAUGCUGCGUCAGGCCGGCAUUAAGACAUAUUUUAUUGUUAAGUACAAAGGCAGUGAAGAAAAAUGUAAUGAAGGUGAAACGGGUGGUGGCGACUGGCCCGACGUUCUCUCCGACCUCAAAGACGACGAUGAGGACUCAGUACUGUCUCCGCAAGAUGAAAAACAUAUCACAGAGGAAAUUAAAAUACAUACUAUGUUACAAGAAGAGCUUGUCAAUAGAGAUGAUGAUAGGGAACUUGCUGACGGUACCACGAUUUGUUUGACAUUUAAAGAAAAUGAGAUUGAGAGUGGUUAUGCGCAACGUGGAAACUCUUAUCCGCAAGCAAUUGGAGCACCACCAAUGAUAAUUCUACCUGCUCUGACUCCCAUAAUUACCUUUGCUGUACCCAGUACAUGGACUUUCCACGCAUUUUACAUCGCUCUAGUACUGGAAGCGUGCGCCCUUAAUAUAUUAUACCUUAUUAUAUUUCGUUACGCGCAGUAUAAGAGUAAAAAAAUACCUACAUGUUGGAAGCUAGCGUGUGGUAUAUUCAAUAUCGCAGUCUUCUUAGCAUUAAACGUAAUUCCACUGAUUGUCUGUGGAUUCAUGGAAACUAACCCAGAUGGAGUUGAGUUAAAUGAAAAUUUUUUUGGCCCCAGAAACCAAAGGUGUCUUCAUACCUCUUAUUAUUAUCACAUGGGUGUCGGCGUAGCCUGUAGUGUGCUAUGGGUCCGUCCCCUUCGAGAAGGCUACCGUCUUUUACUGCUAACAGGAGUUGCAGCUGCCCACGCCUUGCCAGCCGCCUUGUAUCCCGCCCUACUGGAUCGGUACCGCCCGCCCUUCGCCCCUUACCUCAAUACCACUGGCGACCCGACUAUAGAUUUGAUGUUAGUUGUAUCUCAGAUACACCCCGGAAGACACAUUCUGAUGAUGUUCAUAAUUAUCAUAGGAUUGGUUAUAUAUCAUAGAUAUAGUGAGUCUGUGGAGCGAGCCCGCUAUUCCCGUGGCGUUCGUAUGCGUGGCCAGGCAGAACAAGCAAGAGAGUUGCGACGUCGCAACGAAGCACUUGUUCAUAAUGUCCUUCCGCCACACGUCGCUACACACUUUAUGGGCGCGAGGCAUCACCACAGAGACCUAUACAGUCAGAGCUAUGCUGAAGUUGGAGUCCUAUUUGCCUCUAUGCCUAAUUUCACAGAGUUCUACUCGGAAGAAACAGUCAACAAUCAAGGCCUAGAGUGUUUACGAUUUCUCAACGAAGUUAUAUCCGAUUUCGAUCUUCUACUAGAAGAAUCAAAGUUUAGCAAAGACAUAAUCAAGAUAAAAACAAUAAGUUCUACGUAUAUGGCAGCAUCUGGACUCAACCCCACUCGACAGAUGCAGCCGACAGAUGGGACCCUAGUCCGAUGGGCACACCUGGCUUGUCUGGUAGAAUUUGCGUUGGAAUUGCAACGUGUGCUAGCAGCCAUCAACGAGCAGUCCUUUAAUCACUUUGUACUGCGAAUGGGGGUUAAUCACGGGCCAAUAACUGCUGGGGUCAUUGGGGCUAGGAAGCCCCAUUAUGAUAUUUGGGGGAAUACUGUGAAUGUUGCUUCUCGUAUGGAGAGUACGGGAAAGGCUGGAUGUAUUCAGGUGACGGAAGAGACUUGUGAAAUCCUACAGAAGUUUGGUUACUACUUUGAACAGCGCGGGUUGGUAGCUGUAAAAGGAAAGGGUCAACUUAUGACAUACUACCUCCUGGGUAAGAAGGAAGACGGACAUCCCGACUGUCCCACGGUGGAGGAAUGUGCAGAGGCAGACGCAGGUGACGCAUUGCUAGCUAACGGCACCACAUCCGCGAGUCAUCCAACCGCCCAAACAAACACCCCUCACGACGAAGUGGAGCGGCCUUUAUUAAAUUAGAUGUCUUUGAUAGUCACUUUCCGUAGCAAACCAUGGAUAAUUAUAAUUCCUAUUUGUCCUUAACUGUAAUUCCAUUGUUAUCUCUAUAUUUAGUAUAAAUUUCCAAUGACAUUGGAUAGUCUAUAUAUUUAUCUAUGACCAGACAGUAUUUAAUUAAAAUUGCCAUAUCCAAUUUCCAUUUAUAAACAUUUAAGGUUUUUAAGUUUCUACCUCUUAUGUAUGUGAUAGUUGUGAUAGCAAUAAAACUAGCAAUACACAUGUAUAAUUUAAUGACGUAACAUCUAUAUAGGCAUAUAAUACAAUGUAUAUUGAAUCUCAUAUACUUCGAAAGCAUACUUAAGUUUAUCUAGGUUAAACUUGAAUAACUUUAUGAAAUCUUAAUUUUGCAACUGGAAGUAAGACAUAUUUAUUUUGGUAUUUGAAUUUUUGACCACAUAAUUGGAAAAUAGCAAAUUGUUGAAUAAGUCACUAAUCAAUUAAUUCUCUAGAUAAUUAAUAAUGUGGAAUUCUUAUAAUGCUACAACUUACACACAUCACAACUGGUGUCUCUACGCUUCAAGUUAAGGCUUAUAGACAAGUUUUUAGUUGAAACUACUCUUAAAUAUAUAAACCGUUUGACAGAUGUAGGAGUGGUAGUUGGUCAUGAAUUAGCAACUUGGAAAUUUCCAGUGUAGGGUCUCCCAUACAUAUACAUUAAAAAGUAAAACAUUUUCACAGGCUAGGUGAAAUGAGUUCUCUAAUAAUAGGAAUAGUGACACAUUUGGUUUGAUUAUUUAAUUUAUAUAAGCUACCUAAUUCGAGUCAAAGUUUUUGUCUUAUUGUCUUAGUUUACACAAUAAAUUCUCAAUAUUAAAAACUUUAACUAUUGAUUUUUCUUGCUUUAGUAAUAUGACUUUAAUAAGUACUAAUCUGUUGUUAGUUCACUGACGUCAUCAUAUAUUAUUUUACAGGAUAGAUUACAAGAUGUUUACACACACGCUUGUAAUUGAAAUGCAAGUAAAAAUACCUAAACAAUGAUUAUCAUAAGGAAAAGGUAUCGCGAAUUUAUUAUAAAAAUGUGCAUUUCUGAAAAUUCUAGAAAUCGGUGUCAAUCUUUGUAAAAUACGUUAUUGAUGCGGUUUAAUAUUGCAAGACCUGCAGUGAUGCGUAUGCGAACCAUUACAUAACAUUCAUUUUGCGGAUAAAUCUGUAGUUGCCUCAUCUCGUAAUGUAGCUGUAUUGUGAUAUUCUUAUUAGGAGUUAGGCUCAUCCCUAUCACUUUUACAAUUUCAAUAAUUCGUACAUUGAAAUAAGUGCCAUCUACAUUCUUUUUACAAACCUGCUUUUGCCAAUUUGAAGAAAUUGUACAGGUGUACUAUGAUGCGACAAAAUUAUUUGAUAUCUAGAUAACAUUUAUGUGUGAAUUGGCGAAUGCCGUCAAUUCCGUUUUGUCUGUAUUGUUCUUACCAGUUUUUCUAUACACGAAUUUCAACGUACAAUUAUUAUUAACAUUUCCAUAACAUAGAUGUCGUUAGCGUUGUCAUUAGUUAACGCGAAUAUUUGAAUAAAAGUAUUAUCAUAUUGAAUUGAACAAUUUCUUAAUCACUCGUUAAGUACUAUAUCGGGAAACUAAGUAAUUGUGUAAUUCAUUCAAAAUAAUAUUUUAUUUAAAUGGAUGUUAGCAUAAGUGUCGUAAAAGGACGUGCUUAAUGCCUAUUUUAGCCUAAGUGUAUGUAGGAAGUAGCUUUUAGUUAAAAAGUGCCGUAACAGACAUUAAUUAGUAUAUUGUUUUAUAUACUCUCAGUAGGUAUAGUUUAUCUUGGCGCUUUUAUAAUAAAUGUAAACAUUAUUUAAUGGUGAUACUAUAGCUAUAUGAUACAAAAUUGAUAGUCUAUUGCACGGGAAGGUAUUAUUUUUCAUUAUGAGUUUUUGUAAAAGAUGACACUAAACUCUCUUUUAUUAUUUUUUUGUCUGGCAUUUAUUCAAAACAAAUUCGUACUAUUUGGUUAAAGUAAUCGUUUGGUUAAACCAAAUAUUAGGUUAAUUGUGACCUAGUAGUUAUAGAUAAUAGUUUCACGUGUAAUAGUUUAUGGGUCUUAAAUUUGUGUGGUGUUACAAAUGUUUCUGGAUUGUUGACUUUCGUAGCGUGAAAGUUCUUCUAAAAAACAGCAAAGGAUUUCAAUAUAAAUAUUUUUUUUACAGAUUAACUCCGUUUAUUCGCCUCUUUAGUUGGAUUACUUUUAAUGUAAUAAAACGUCAACAUUAACGUUAGUUUUAAAUAUUGAAAAAAAAAUCAUUUUUGAAAAUUGACAAAAUAGUAUCAUUUAAAUGAAAAUAGUUUUAUGCAAUAGUAUGUCAAAUACAAAUAAAAAUAUCCAAUCAUAUAUCACUAUUGAUUAAGAAAACAUACAGAUAAUGACUUCACAAAGUGAACAAAUAAUAUAUAUAUGUGUGUGUAUUCCAUUAAAUUGAAUAUUUUCAUUACUGAUGUAACGAACAUCACAUAAAGAGGAGCAUUUGUACACACAACGUCUGUAGUGAUACACUGUCCUGUGAUUUGUUAUUAGGUACUUACUUAAUCUAUAAUUUUAUACAUAUUUUAGCUCAAACUUUAAGGUUUAACCUUAGAAAAUCUGUACUGAAAUUCUUAUAUCAAUAAAUAAAGCAAUAUC